AUGACGGCCAAUGUUACAAUCUUGGGUGCCGGCGUCACUGGAAUGGUGAUAGCAGCAAGCCUCCCUAAAGAGUACGAUGUGACGAUUGUUGCCGAACAUAUGCCGGGCGACUACGAUACCAAAGACUGGGCCAGCCCUUGGGCCGGAGCGAUUUGGGUCGGCGUUCACGACUCUCGACCCCUCGAACAGAAGAUGCAGCUAGAGGGUUUCGCGGGUCUGUGGAAACUAGCCGAGAAGCAUCCCGAAUCAAGUGCCCGUCAAAUCGAAAUGACUGAGAUCAUGGACAGGGGAUCCAAGAGCGACGUCUGGUAUGCCGAUAAACUCCCUGGUUUCCGGUUUCUCUCCAAGGACGAACUUCCCGCCGGCGCGAUAUACGGCAUGAAGUACUGGACCGUGGUUCUGACGCCCCAGAAAUUCCUCCUGUGGCUGUAUCAGAGACUUCAAGCCAGAGGAGUCAAAUUCCUCCGAACAAAGGUCAUGUCGCUCUCAGAUCUCAAGGGCCUUGGCCACGAUGUCCUAAUCAACGCUUCUGGGUUCGGCGCCCAAACUCUGUCCGACGUGCGUGAGCAGAACAUGAAGUCGUGGAGGUUGCAGUGUGUAGUAGCCAAAAACGAGACAUACGACCGGCUUUUCAUCCGCCGCGGCCUGAAUGGCUACUACUCGACUGCUUUUUCGCGCAUGGAUGGCACCGUUUACGUUGGCGGAGUACUCACUGAGGGCUCGCAAGACGUGAACAUCUCGGAAGAGCACAGAGCGACGAUCUGUCGAAGAGCGCACGAAAACAAUCCCGACUUGUUCCCGUCCCCUGACCCUCAAGAUUGGCCAAUUUUAUACGAUCACGUUGGCAUUUACCCGACCAUGGAUAACGAAAUUGCUGGUGUAAGGUGUGAGAGGGAAAAAGUUGGAAGACAAAAUGUAAUCCAUGCCUAUGGCCAGAACGCUGGUGGUUAUGUGUAUAGCUUCGGUCUCGCAAGAUCGGUUGUCAACCUCGUCAACGAGACGAUCCUGGAAGUUCCUAGCGGCUCCAAGCUGUAA